UUCAGUCGAUCCAAAGAGUAUAUAAAUAACCAAUAUCUGUCAAAUUUGCAAAGCAAUGAGAAUGCGUUGCAAUAACCAAAUAACUAUCGAAGUCUUGGUUUAAGUUGAGAUAAAAUAACAAUUGUUAGAUAAAAAGUGUAUUUUUAAAGAAUUAUGGUUUAAUGACUGAUAAUUACUUCGAUCGGGACAGACGGUCUUAAUAAAUUCAUGAACUUAUCGAUGUUAUUAUCAAUAUCACGUUAGUGGUUCGCGAACUUGAUUAUUACUGUUUACGCAAUGGAGUACGACAAUGACGAGAAUACUUGGCAGCGACCCUCCGCGCAGAAGGUGGACCGGUCGAAGUGCAAUCAGAUCCCAAAGCGGUCGACCACGGUGGCCGUGGUGGUACUGGGGCUGGCCGUGAUGAGCUGCCUACUCGGCUACUGCGUGCUGAGCGAGACGCUGCCCUACGAGUCGAGGACUUUACGACUUGUCAUUAUUUUUUUUCGCCAUGGAGCUAGGACCCCAAAUACAAGUUAUAAGAGUGAUCCUUUCAAAUCAUACCAAUGGCCAGAAGGCUUGGGCGGUCUGACCAAUACUGGGAAACUUCAAUUGUAUGAGUUGGGAAAGAAGUACCGCAGUUAUUAUGCAAAUUUUAUUGAUGAAGAAUACUAUGAAAAGGAUGUGCAAGUGCGAAGCAGUGACAAGUCUCGGUGUCUGAUGAGUGCUGCUACGUUCCUGGCCGGCCUGUACCCUCCAGCAGAGCGACAAAUCUGGAACCCCGAGCUGCUGUGGCAACCUAUCCCCAUUCACUCCUUACCAAGACACUUAGAUAAUAUUGUUGCUAGUACUAAACCUUGCAAAGUUUGGAAAGAUAUGUAUGAAGAAUUACUUGAGAAAUCUAAUAAAGAUGCAAAAUACACUAAGCUUUUUGAAUACUUGAGCAAUCACACAGCCCAGGAUAUGCACAGUGUGUUGGAAGUUGAUUUCCUGUAUAGCACCUUCCUGUCACAGCAAGAGGCGGGGCUCAAGAUUCCUGAGUGGACUAAAAAUUAUUUCCCAAAUCAAAUGAGGUCUGCAUUCAUGCAUAGUCUGGCCCUGCUGUCCCAUAACCACACUUUACAGAGAUUCAAAGUAGGUCCGCUGUUGAGUGAGAUGCGGGAGAACCUAGAAAAUUGUGUGAGCUACAACGGCGAGGGCCCCGCGCCGCGUUCGCUGCUGGUGUACUCGGGGCACGACGUGAAUGUGGUGGCGCUGUGGCGCGCACUCAACUACCCCGAGGACCUCGAGCCAGAGUACGGCGCCAGCCUCGUCUUCGAGCUGCAUGAGGAACUCGAGCAAGGCUUCUUCAUCAAGGUGUUUUAUCGCAACAAUACGAAGAUAGAAGUACCAAUGGAGUUAAAGCUGUCGUUCUGCGAGGAGCCGUGCCGCUACGCCGACUUCCUGCAGUACAUCGACACGCUUAUCCCCAAGGACUGGGAUGCCGAGUGCCAGAACCAGAACCCCCCGCACUGAACCGCACCUCGCCUCGACUGCCGCGCGAGACUGCCUCUGCGUUAUUACGCCGUCAGGAUUAGGUCGAGAUAUUCCAUCAGACAGGUGACAACUAAAAUUCAGUAAUCACUACCUACCACCAAUUCAAAGUCAUAUUGCACCGUACUAGUAAUAGUAAAAAAACAAGGUUGAUUUUUGUUUAAUUAUUUUUAUGCAGUUUUUAUGUAAUUAGUAAGUUUUGGUUGUCACACGGAGUAGGAUGGAGAUGGCAAGUGGGCGUUCCUGUGUAUUGUACAUAUUGUCGUGGUCGACUCACUUUAUGCACAGACUAUGAUCAGUAGUUUUGUUAACUACAUACGUUGAAUGACGUUCGUGUGACACAUAUGUUUAUGUAACAAAAUAUUGUUUAUUUAAUUUAAAACGCCGUAUUGUGCAGAAUUAAGCUGCAGAAAUAAUAGCUAUAUAAAAAAUCUUACACUGGAGGUAUUUUCUAUAACCAGAAAUAGUUAUUUACGAUACAAGUGCGGAAAAGAGGAAAUGCGAAACUUGCGAAUUACCUUUUUGCACGUGUAUCGUACAAGGUUUUACAGUUCAUAUGCCCUUUUAAAUUUUCGACAUAUGCACGAAAACGCACUAGUUCGAGAAAGUAGCACCAUAUGUACUGUAAAUAUUAUUUUAGAAUGUAACCUGAUAAACACAAAUAAAUUUUUGGCACAAGAUUUUAUCGCUGAUUGUACUUUUCUUUCCGCAGGCAACUACUCAUCGAGACAAUUCUAAAAACCCCAAACACAAUUAGGUUGCGUUGUUUUAUCACAGAGUUCCUAUGACCACCUCUUGUCUCCAUCAGAUCAGCUCGAUGGUACCAUAAUAUUGCAUUGUCACCCGACUUACAUAUGUACACUCCCGCUCAUAACUAUUUAGGUACUCGUAAUUUUUUCCAUAAAAUUGUAUACAAAAUCGACUUUCAGAAUUAUACCGCUAAGUCGCAGUCGGGUGACAGUUUUUUGUGCAGUUUACUCUUUUAACUUAACAGACAAAUCGACCUUCAGAAUGAUGUGCAGAAUAUUCGUGUACAUUGCCUAUUUACCAAAUGGCAAGCGGUAAAAAAAUCUAUAAAUCGUUUUCCAGUACAAAAUCGUUUUAUUUUGUACGAACUAGUGCAUAAGGGUUUUUUAAAUCGUUGCAUAUAGUAAUCUCGAAAUUCGAGGAUGUCUUUGGCAAAACUUUGAGGCUCAAUAUAUUUACCUAAAUAAAAAUUCAAUCCAACAUGUAAGAGAGUAAUUUGCCUGCGAUCGAUGAUUGUUGUUGACUCAAAGGUCAAAUGCUACGGCGAAUGGAAAAUAGUAUUAUAUGUACUAUAAUGGGAAGCUUACAGUCACAUAUGACCUUUUGUUUUCGGACGUCACUGCCGUCACUGGUGUGUUAGACAGUUCUCAACAGCUGGCUACUCGUAGGCGUGUAGAUAUCUCGGACCCACCAUCAGUGUACUCCAUCCAUGUACACUCAGCGUCAAACACUUUGUACCAACCAAAGUAGUUAAAUAGUUCGGUACACCUACCUACACCAUAUAUUUAGUAUGGUGUACUGAACUAUAGUUGGUCAAGCAAAUCUUGUCAGUAAAUAGGAACAAAAAAAUACUAUACUCAUCCUUUUCUUUUGGGUGCUAGUACUAGUGUAAGACAAAGAUAGUAUGAUUCUCUCUGUCUAUGUUUGAAAUAAGACAGACUUUGAAAUGAGACAGACCCUUGACAAACUAUAUUUGGCCACUUUGACUGCUACAGAGUAUUUGACGCUGAGUGUACCUAUGGAGUGAGCACUAAGCUUAGGUAAGUACUUGUUUAUGGAACUAGUGAGUAGUGACCAUUGGUAGACCUUGUCGUUUAACUGUGUGGACGACGAACGUUAUUCAGUCUUCAAAUAUUAUUUACUUGACUGGUUAUACCUAGUAUGUAUAAGUGUUAUACUAAUAAUUAUAACAAAAUGUGCCAAGAAGCUUCUCUGUUAACAUAAGGUUACUCUUAGAGACUCGCUUGUAUAUAAAAAGGGUUUAUAUGUUGUAUUGUAGCCCACUUUUAGAUACCUGCCUUUAGAUGCCUCGUUUUUAACUCGAAUUUACUAUAUAAAUCUAUUACUGUGCAAUGUUUCAUAUUGUAUAAAAACUGGUACUUACCUAAUAAUUAUCUCAACAGAAAAUUUGUAUCUGCUUAAAAUAAUCAGUUGACUCUAUAUGCUUUCAGACCCUGGGUGUCGAGAACGGAACAAUUGUACCUAGUGUACCUGUGCCUGGCACAAAUUGCGUCAGUCAUUUCAUAGUGGUUAAGGGAGAUGUAUCAUGGAUUGAGGAACGUAGAAGUAAUAUUUUUUUCACUUGUCAUGAUCAUAAAGUUCGACUUUAAGUCGUGCGUAGACGACAUAAAGUUGCUUAUAAUGUUCUAGAGCAUAAAGUAAAAUCAUCUAUUACGAACCUUAUUAGCAAUAAAAUCCAAAAUCCUCCAUACAAAAUGCCAGCCCUGCCGGCGCGGUCCCGACCGGCAUGCCCGAGUACAAUUUUCUUUAGUCUUGAAUACGGUGAAAUAACAUAAAAUAUUGGAUAUUUCGAAGUGAAAAGCAGAGUGUACUCAAGCAUAAAUGUCCAUUUUUGUCCUUGACUAUAUUGGUCCUUGCUGCGCUCGGACCAAUAAAUUGCCUCGUAUAAAAAUGGAUCGCUUAAUUCCCCUUAUGUACAAUCUACUACAUAUAGUCAUGUAAUCCCUCCUAAAAACUUUUUUGGUUGCUACCGCUCUUCAAUCUACCAACUGAGUGCGGCAGUUGACUUUCAUUAGGCUCUAUUCAUGAUACACUAUACCUGGUCUACGAGUGUGGUGCGACGUUUAGUGAGGCGCCACCGCUGGCAAUCAAUAACCCAUUAUAAAAUGCGUUUAGUACGUUUGUAUUUUGAAUAAUCUAUAUCUAUCCGUUUAAGAACAAGGUACAUAGCUGGAAGACAAGUUGGAGAUGAGUGGAUUGGUUAUAAUCUCUCAUUUCCAAUACUUAAUGUAAACAGGAGAUUUAGUUCGAAUAGUAGGCAAAUAACCGUACAGCAACGUGUUAAAGAACCAUCAACCGCAUUGACUCAUCAUAUCAUAAUAACACGUUUCUUGUGCAAAUUUCUCUGCUGUUGCUAUUAUAGGAUUAUUUUUUCUUUUUUGUUGCUUCUAAAAUAUGUGGAUAAAUUAUAUUAACCUUAUGAAGUUCUAGUACCUUCUUAACGCAUUCACUGCCAGCAACCCACCAGGCGGGCGCUCAGUCCGUAGUCGCUUUUCGCUACAUACGGGUUUUCACAUAUUGCUGGUACAUUCGAAUAUGGCAGCAUCCUUGUUUUAAUAAAUUUUAUUUAUAUCGAAGUUUUUCAUUAUACUGCAUUUUACUAUGUAGUUUCGAAUUGGUUCCUGUUGUAAGCGAAACUAUUUGUCUUUGUAGUUUAAGAGUAAUACUCUUAUUAGUGUUAUUGUUACGUUGUUAUGUUACCAUCUCCAGCCAUCGUCUUUGGUCAAAUAUUUGUAUUGAUAUACCUUUGUUAGUAAAUAACAGCCAAUAUUAGGCUACAUUGUUGUUUUUGUAUUGUGAUUGACGUUAUAAAUAUAUAUUUAUAUUUUAUGUGGACAAA